GGUAGAUGAGAGCGAGCAAGGAGUGGAUGAAGAGGAGGAAGUGGAGGAAGAGGAAGGUGAUGCAGAUGAAGAUGUUGAGAUCGUUGACGAGGAGCAGGUUAGCGCAGAUGAGGGCGACGAAGAAGUCGAGGAAUCGGUGGAUGGAGAAGAGGUGGAAGUUGAUGCUGAAGAGCAGGAGGAAGAAGAGCUUGUAGCAGAGCCUCGUAGGUUACGUAACGGGAAGGUUGUUGGGGAGGACGAGGAAGUCGAUGAGGAAGGAGACGAGGAAGUCGAGAUGGACGAGCAAGAUGAGGGCACUCAAGACGGUAGCGAAGCGGAGACUGCAGCCGAAGCUUCCCAGGACGAGGAUAUUGAUCUAGAAGAGGCAAGCGAAGAGUCAGACGCGAGCAACGAGAGCGAGUACGUCGACGAUGUAAUGGAAGAUGUCGAUCUCACCAUCGCGACCGCCAAAAGUCUGGUGCGCCACCGUCGGGAUGUCCUUGUUCGUCUCUGUGAAUCGCGAGACCUCGAUGUCGAAGGCACAAAGCCCGAACUCGCAAGCGCUCUACUCCAGUGGCGUGACAGACAAGAAUCUCCUUCAUCUACAGGCACUGUUCGUCCUCCAUCGACGGCCAGACCUCGCGCCAAUGGGCGUCGCAAGCGCAGCUCAGGUAGCCCGAACGAUUCCCCAGUCCUCUUACGGUCACAUCAUGUGCAUCUUGACGAACCGAGAACUCCACCAAUCUCGAGCCCCAAUGGUCAUGGAAGGGACAAGGAUGAAGAGCUUGAACUGGAUCUCGAGAGCCUUGGCUUGGACGAUAGGGAGAUUCCGCCCGAAAAGUUGACCAAGUUGGAGAAGAUCGGGAGCGGCGGCUUCAAGGACGUAUUCAUUGGGAAGUUCAAGGGUAGGAAGGUCGCGAUCUCGGAGUUCAGGGGACAGUUGAGUGCCAUGGAUAUCAAGGAACUCAAGCUUCUUGGGGGUUUCAACCACCCGAACAUCGUCCGUUUCUUGGGCGUGAGCAUUCCGGAAGACACGCGGAUAACGCCUGUCAUGAUCGUCAGUGAGCUCUGCUCCAAUGGUGACCUCUUCGACUAUGUCCGGAAUGUCCCACCUCCCUCACUCUAUCGGAUCUUGAGUAUCAUGCUUGAUAUCGCUCGCGGUUUGGAAUACCUGCACCUACGGAAACCAUCCGUUAUCCACCGAGACUGCAAAUCGUCGAACAUCCUCAUCACCUCCAAGGGUGUCGCGAAGAUCGCCGAUUUCGGCCUAGCUAAGGUGAAACAGUCGACGCGGUCGAUGGUACGCAGCUUGGUGGGCACUGUGAACUGGCAGGCUCCUGAGCUGUGGCACGCACAUCCGAAGUAUAAUCACAAGGUGGAUGUGUUCGCAGCCGGGGCUGUAUUUUGGGAGAUGUUGCAGUGGCAUCUCCCGAACAAGAAGUAUCCUUGGGAGGGCAUGAACGAGCAUGCGAUCUACGAGCUGGUUGGUGCCAAGCGACAGAGGCCUUCACUGACUGGAUUGCGUCGGCAGUACUGCCCAGAAGUUGUCGAUCUCAUCGACCAAAUGUGGGCACAAGAGCACCAAGAUAGGCCUACGAUGUCUGAAGUGGUGCAGGAGCUGGAGCGCCUCGUGAAGGCCUAUCGCUAAGCGUUGCUCUGGUUGUGCAUAUCGCACAGAUAUUCUUACCUCUGCUUUCUUAUUUUAUCUUUCUUUCUUUGCUAGCUUACAAAAAUGGAUGGUCCUUGUUGUGUAUAUACUACUUGCUCUGUUAUCGGCCUUUUCCUCCUACUCUACGCUCAACUUCUGUCGUCCUGGUAUAUGAUUUGUACCAUCUUUUGUGUUGUUUUGAUCGUUUUUGGUUCUCCUGACAUUACACCAGACCCUUCGCCCCCAUCUUACCCUCUGAUCCAGAAUCCUGCAGUUCGAUUCACUCACCCCUGCAUUUAACUUUUCCCUGGCUUGUUCCACUCAUCAAUGUAUUUUAUCCUCAAC